AGGUCUUUGUGAAUCACAUCUGUGAGCUUCACUAGUCAGUCGCAGACAGAGAGCAGGAUGGAGAUGAGGGAGAACACAGAUGCAAAUUCAAGGAUUACUGCAGACAGCAAACCUACUGAUGGUGACAUUUCAUGCGAAUACAUUUCUGUAAAUGAGAAGAACUUGAAGACUCACACGACCAGAAGCACCAAGGAAUCUGAGAACUCAGGAUUCUACAGACUGACUGCAGUGUGUCUGGGGCUGCUGUGUGUUCUCCUGCUGGUUGCCAUCACAGUGCUUUGGAUCAAGUUCAACAACCUGACUACAAAGAGAGACCAGUUACAGACCAGUUGCACCAACCUGACUGCAGAGAAAGACCAGUUACAGACCAGAUUACUGGAUGUAAGAAAUGAACGAGAUCAACUGAAGACCAGUUACGCCUCUGUGACGCGUCAGCUUCAGAAUCAGAAAGACUGUCUUCAGAAUUUCUGUAAUCUGGUGAAGGCAGUGCAGGAGGGUUGGACAUUUUUUGAGACCAGUAUGUACUUCAUCUCUACUGAGAACAAGAGCUGGAGUGAAAGCAAACAGGACUGCAGAGAGAGAGGAGCAGACCUGGUGAUCAUAAACAGCAGAGAAGAACAGAACUUUACUGAAAAGUUGAGACGAGGACAGAAAGCUUGGAUUGGUCUGACUGACAGUGAGACAGAGAGGGCCUGGAAAUGGGUGGACGGCUCAGCACUGACCACUGGGUUCUGGGGAAGUGGAGAACCCAACAGUAGAGCAGGAGAUGAGGACUGUGUCAUAACUGGUGACAAGUCUGAUCCUGUAAAUAACUGGGCUGAUUAUCCCUGUAUUAACCGGUUUGUUUGGAUUUGUGAGAAAAGUAUUUUAAACUGAGAGUGUUUUAGAAUGAAUAUCAGGAAUAUCAGCAGUUUGUUUGGAUCUGUAAGGGAAUAUUUAUCUGAAUGGUCACCAGCAUGUGAGUGAAUAACAGCAUAUUUGUAUUUCAUUCAUAACUGUCACUCUUUUAAUUACAUUUGACCUGUGUGCUUAUUAUUUUUUUGAUGGUAGAAGAGAAAAGAGAAACAGGAUAGGGGAAGUCAGACAGUGCUGGCAACUCCUAGAAUCAGAUUUUGAAAAGCUUCAGAAUUGUGUGAUGAUGAUAAUUUGAAGGUGAUGGCAAGUUUAUAACAAGAUCCUUCAAACAGCUUUAAAACAUCAGUUUCUGACAGUUCAGUCUGUCCUGGGAGGUGUUCAACAAAGUGAGCUGAUUUGAAUUAGCCUAGCUUAAUUUAGCCAAACAGUUCACUCCAGGCUCAGUGGGCUCCACUAUCCAGGUGAGGCUGCUAAAUUCCCUUAGGUGAAUAAAGAAAUAACAACAGUAAUUGUAUUUGGCAGUAAAGAAGGAUUACAAAAGGUUAGUGCUCACCUUGAAUCCAGAGGUUAAAGACCUCAACAUCAAGCAGAAAAUUCAACCCAUUUCUAUUCCUGCAGAUUUCUUUGAAAGCAAGAAAAAUAUGGUAUUGUAUUUAGUUGUUGAGGCUUCUGUGUAAUUUUCUAUUUGUUUGUUUUCUGACUGUUUAUGUUCAGGCAAGUGAUCAGACAUCAGAUGUGUGUUUAGAAAGUUUGAUUGCCCCCUAGAGGCUGAAUGAAGUCAGUGCAGGACCUGUUUAUAAUCUAGUCUUUUAAAUAUUUGUCUUAUACAUCUGCUUUUUAUUAUUAAUUUUUACAUUUUACUGUUUUUGAUCAUAUUUACUGAAUUGCAUGAAUUCCAUUUGAAAUGUUAAGCAUGUAUCUGUGUAAGAACUUUAAUUGUCUAAUACAUUUAAUGGAGCUAAUAGAUUAUCUAAUAGAAAUAGCAAUAAAUCAUGAAUAUGUGUUGCUGAUGAUAUUUGUUGUCAUGUUUUAUUUUUUUUUAAAAUGUAUUGAUAUUUUAUGUUGGUGGUGUUUCACUGCAUCAGUUGUGCAAUCAUCACCAUAUUCCUGUAUGAUUCAGAUGAAGUAAUUCAGUCAUUCAGAUGAAUAA